AUGUUUUUCAUUCUUUUCUUCCGUUUUGUUUUUUUUCUUCUUCAUUCAUUUCUCUUUCUUAUUUGUUUCUUCUUUCUCAUUCAUUCUUUUUCUUUAUUUAAUAUUUCUGCUUAUUAUCAGGUUUUAAUUAUUUUAUUGUUUAAAUUCUUUUUGUUUGUUUCAUUUUUAUUUCUUCAUUCUUUUUCGGUUGCAUUUUUAAAAUCUUUUUCCCUUGUUCUUCUCUUUAUUAUUUUUUUUCAUUCUUUCACUAUUCUUUUUUUAUUCUUUCAUUCUUUCAUUCAUAUUUCAUUCUCUCACUACUCUUUUUUUAUUCUUUCAUUCAUAUUUCAUUCUUUCACAUAUUCUUUUUUAUUCUUUCAUUAUUUCAUUCUUUCAUUCAUAUUUCAUUCUCUCACUACUCUUUUUUUAUUCUUUCAUUCUUUCAUUCAUAUUUCAUUCUCUCACUACUCUUUUUUUAUUCUUUCAUUCUUUCAUUCAUAUUUCAUUCUCUCACUACUCUUUUUUUAUUCUUUCAUUCUUUCAUUCAUAUUUCAUUCUCUCACUAUUCUUUUUUUAUUCUUUCAUUCUUUCAUUCAUAUUUCAUUCUCUCACUAUUCUUUUUUUAUUCUUUCAUUCUUUCAUUCAUAUUUCAUUCUCUCACUAUUCUUUUUUUAUUCUUUCAUUCUUUCAUUCAUAUUUCAUUCUUUCACUAUUCUUUUUUAUUCUUCAUUCUUUCAUUCAUAUUUCAUUCUCUCACUAUUCUUUUUUAUUCUUUCAUUCUUUCAUUCAUAUUUCAUUCUCUCACUAUUCUUUUUUAUUCUUUCAUUCUUUCAUUCAUAUUUCAUUCUCUCACUAUUCUUUUUUUAUUCUUUCAUUCUUUCAUUCAUAUUUCAUUCUCUCACUACUCUUUUUUUAUUCUUUCAUUCUUUCAUUCAUAUUUCAUUCUUUCACUAUUCUUUUUUAUUCUUCAUUCUUUCAUUCAUAUUUCAUUCUCUCACUAUUCUUUUUUAUUCUUUCAUUCUUUCAUUCAUAUUUCAUUCUCUCACUAUUCUUUUUUUUAUUCUUUCAUUCUUUCAUUCAUAUUUCAUUCUUUCUAUUCUUUUUUUUUAUUCUUUCAUUCUUUUUCAUUCAUAUUUUCAUUUUUUCACUAUUUUUUUUUAUUCUUUCAUUCUUUCAUUCAUAUUUCAUUCUUUCACUAUUCUUUUUAUUCUUCAUUCUUUCAUUCAUAUUUCAUUCUCUCACUAUUUUUUUAUUCUUUCAUUCUUUCAUUCAUAUUUCAUUCUCUCACUAUUCUUUUUUUAUUCUUUCAUUCUUUCAUUCAUAUUUCAUUCUUUCACUAUUCUUUUUUAUUCUUUCAUUCUUUCAUUCAUAUUUCAUUCUCUCACUAUUCUUUUUUUAUUCUUUCAUUCUUUCAUUCAUAUUUCAUUCUUUCACUAUUCUUUUUUUAUUCUUUCAUUCUUUCAUUCAUAUUUCAUUCUUUCACUAUUCUUUUUUUAUUCUUUCAUUCUUUCAUUCAUAUUUCAUUCUCUCUAUUAUUUUUUUUAUUCUUUCAUUCUUUCAUUCAUAUUUCAUUCUUUCACUAUUCUUUUUUUAUUCUUUCAUUCUUUCAUUCAUAUUUCAUUCUUUCACUAUUCUUUUUUUAUUCUUUCAUUCUUUCAUUCAUAUUUCAUUCUCUCACUACUCUUUUCUUAUUCUUUCAUUCAUAUUUCAUUCUUUCACUAUUUUUUUUUAUUUUAUUCCCUUCGAUUUUCUUUUUUUUUUUUGACUUUCUUUUUGACUUAUUGA